AUGCUCUUGACCAAGAUUUUAGUUGCCUCCCAGCUCUUAAGCUACUACAACAUUUCAGCCCAUCCACUUAUAAUUCAAAAACCUUUGGUGAAGAGAUGUGCCGAGGAUGUCGGAGCUUUCAAACGUGGCAAAAAUCUGGCAGAUCAAAGUCUUUUAGGCAGAGGAGGCUCUGAAACUAGGGAUUUGGAUGGUUUCAAAAAUGCCGCACUGGCGAAAGAUGAUACCAAGGCUCAUCGGGACUUGAGAAAAGGUAAAGGGAUCAUGAUUGAAGAGCGAAAAUCAGAUUCACGACCCACAGAACCGGAUGAAAUUCGUGCUCAUUUCGACGAUUCAUAUGGUGAGGAGUAUUCCUUUUCAUCGCUUUGA